UCAAAACAUUCAGUUUCCAACAAGUCGGUAUGGCAGGUAUGUGUGAAGUAGCUAGUUCUUUGGAAAAACACAAGAAAAUAAUUGUUCGCGAGUUGAAAACAAGUAAAAUAUUAUCGUUACUUGUUGAAAAAGGAGUUUUCAGUGCGGAUGAAGAAGAUUUAGUGAGAAAUGAACAAAAUGAAUGUGUGAAAGGUGAUAUUUUCAUAGAUUUAAUUUCAAAAAAAGGUGUACAUGCUUUUGAACAGUUUUGCUUUGCAUUAGAAUUAGAAUGUCCACAUAUUUUAUCAGAGCUACUGUCGGAGGAUUUUGGUUCUCCGACUAAAAAUGGAAUAGACGUGGAUAAGGAUGGCGAGGGCAGCAUCCGACACAUUGAUUCCGACGCCAAAGAGUCUGAUUCGGAGGAUUCUCCGGAAACGACAACUCAUAGUUCCAGGUCAGUUGGCUCACAUUCAUCCACUCAUUAUGCUUGA